AUGUACGCGCCCUUUUUCCAGAACAGCGACCUUUCCGCUCUUCUGCCUGCUCCUCAAGUCUUUGCAAUUGUUACGAGAAAACAACCACGCAAGGCGAAGCCAGCCACGAAACCCCCGAGAACCGUUGCGGAUGUCGUUCUGGCUGUUCGACCCUCUUCAUCAGACAAAGAUCAUUACCAAGGCACGCCGGUGAAUUUGGAUACUGAUCGAGGACCACUACCACCACCACCACGGGGAAUGUACAGAAAUAUAGCGUAUUUUUAA